AUGAGAACUCAUAAAGUUGCUGUGAUUACUGGAACUAAUAGCAACCUUGGUCUAAAUAUUGCAUACAGAUUAAUUGACAAUUUGGAUUAUGAGGAUAAACUUACAUUGGUGGUCACUUCUAGGACAUUGCUAAGAGUUCGUGAAGUUAUUGAUCUGCUCAAGGCAUAUUCUGAAAAGCAUGAAAAGAAUAUGUAUGUGGAUUAUGAUUACCUGUUGGUAGACUUCACUGAUAUGGUAAGUGUUCUAGGAGCCUACUAUGAUCUUAAUAAUAGAUAUGACGCCAUACAUUACUUCUUUGUGAAUGCAGCACAAGGUGUCUAUUCUGGUAUUGACUGGAUGCAAGCAACGAAGGAAAUAAUUUCUAAUCCAUUGGAAGCAGUGACAAAUCCAACUUAUAAGAUUCAACGAAUUGGUGUGAAUACGGCGGAUGGAAUGGGCCUUGUAUUCCAAGCAAACGUGUUUGGCCCAUACUAUUUAAUUAGGAAAUUAAUUCCUCAAUUGUCAAAAGGUAACGCUAUCGUUGUCUGGAUUUCAUCAUUAAUGGCGGAACCAAAAUAUCUGUCUUUAGAAGAUAUCGAAUUAUUAAAGACUGAUGCUUCCUACGAAGGCUCCAAAAGGCUGGUUGAUUUAUUACAUCUGAUGACUUUCAAAGAUUUAAAAGCAUUAGGUAUUCAUCAGUAUCUAACGCAUCCUGGGAUCUUCACUAGUAACUCCUUCUUCCAAUAUUUGAACUUUUUUACCUACUACGCUAUGCUGAUGUUCUUUUACUUUGCAAGGUUGAUGGGCUCUCGUUGGCACAAUAUCAGUGGUUAUAAGGCUGCUAACGCUCCUGUAUAUGUUGCUACACUAGCAAACCCAAAUUUUGAGCGCCAGGAGCUUAAAUAUGGUUCAGCUACUUACAGGGAUGGCAUGGAGUACAUUGUAACGGAGGAGGUCGAUCCCACAGGUGCGUAUGAUGUCUAUAAAUAUAUCAUAAGGCUAGCAGAAGAUUGGGAUGAGAAACUUAAAGACCAAAUUGUCAAUUCUCGUAUAAUAUUGUAA